GUGGUGCCUGGGCAGAAGUAAGUGCAAAUAAAAACAUACCCCCAACUUCAGCCGUGGUAUGGCCUUGCCCCUGAGGUGGGCGGGGUCUCAUAAGCCAUAGACAUGGCAAAUUUUCGGUAGAUGGCUCCCAACUCGCCUGCAAUACUUGGGGACGGACUCCUGCUAACUUAUAUUCUCAACAUUACUCAUCAGUACUGUGUUCCCGGACACCCUGCCUUACUAAAGUAGGACUGGACUAAACAGUGAUCAAAUGUUUUGCACGCUAAGACGAUCCAAGAACACGAUGGAAUCCUACGCUUCAGAACUGACAACUCCCCCUUUCGCCAAGCCGAAAAGCAAAUUUAAUGCUGCCUGUGCAAAUUGCCGAAAAAGCAAGCUGAAAUGUUCCGGCGAGCCACAAGGCUGCCAGCGCUGCUUGACGAAGAAUCUUCAAUGCAAUUACCUGAGUUUUCGAGAGGGAGUCAGCCACAACAAAAGCCAUACCGGACCCUCAGAAACAUUCCCAACCGAGGGAAAUGCUGUUGUUGAGACAGAGAGCGAGGUCCAGACUCAUGAUAGCGAAGUCGUGUCUCUCAGCUUUGAUACACUUGGCUGUGUUGACGGGUUUCCCAUAUUUGGGCUCAGCGCAGCUAUGCCUUCUCGCGGCGACUUGGAUGCGGACUUGUCGAGUGGUAUAAGUCCAUGUUUCGAUUUCGAGCAGCAGCCCGCACUCGAACCGCGGACCCAGACGACUGAUUUGGACUUAAAUCAUCUUGUGAACUACCACACCCAGACCCCGAUGGAAGUGUCAACUAUAGCCGAGCAUGUCUGCCUUUGCUUUACAAGAGCUGUUAGGAUUCACGAAGCUCUCGAGGUCGAUCUCCUGUGGAUCAACAAGAAACGGUGCCGCGACGCGCUCGAUAUGCUGCAGCACCAAAAGCGAAACUUGGUCAACAGUAAGAUACUAUUCGAGUGUCAGCAUUGUGAGAUACAGUCUCCUUAUGUCAUGCUGCUUCUGUCCAUUCUCAGUAAGACAUCCAGUGCCCUGGAGUUUGUUUUCCGCGAUUCUCGCCUGGGACACACGGAUUGCAUGUUUGAGGUACAGCAGGGAGAGAAUGAUCAUCAUACGAGUUGUCAUCAUAAAUCAACGUUUGCGAUGCGACAGCUUGACGAAGAGGAUGAGCGCCUGGUUCUGAAAAGCUUGUUCAAGUCCCGGGUAGCGAUGCUAAAAGCAUUAAUGACCCGGCUUGAAAGCAUGGUCCGCGAUCAAGAUUGGCCGGCUCACAAGAUCAAAGUUGGGGACUUGAAAGACAAGGUAAAGGAUAUGGAACAAUUUUAAAAUAAGGCUCUCUGGCAAGACGAUUGAACGGCCUUGUAUGCAUCGCGUGAAAAUGUCGUUUUCAACCAGGAUAAGAAGGGACCAGACAACAAGAAAGAAAAUCAUAGACAAGCAUCAAUAGAGGACAACUAAAAAUCUC